AUGCAAAGGCAUAUGAUUGAACACACUGACGAUGUUCUUCUUAGAUAUCAUCCGAAAAGCCCACGAGGGCUUCUGUGUCCGUUUUGUAGGAAGUGCACUUAUGGCUACAAGACCAUGAGUGGUUUAAGAAGGCAUUUGAUAACCCCGCCUAUUCAACAUUGUCAGCUAAAACGUAUUUUUGAAAUUGCUCGUAGCAACUGUCGCUCUUCUCUUCUGGAUCCAGUGACGAAGUGGUCAUCUUGGACGGAUCGAAAUGUCUAUCUUGCUUAUCAUGGCUGUGAACCGCCACCACGCACUCCUCGAAAAAGACCAGACAGUAAGCCGUCAGCAGAAGAUCCGUCAGAGCAUUCCAAUACCCCAUCCCCAGGAGUUCUUCAUAAUUCAUCCAGCACGAAUAAUGCAGUGCAGCCUUCACAAUCAGCGUCAUGUUCCGAUGUAACUACGCUAAGCACGACACCAAAAUCUGUAGAAUCAGAGACACCGCGAAUUACACCAGCCAGCAGUGCAAGCGUCUUCAUCACUCCACCAGGAAAUGAUUCGCGGUCGCUUCCGGCUCGACCUCAUCACGACAGUAGAAAAACGACACACCAGAAUCCACGUCGUCCGCUCAUAUUUCCUUCCCCAGUUAAGCGCGAUUCUGCGGGGAACGUAAAACCGUCGAAGACCUUGUUACGCCCGGUCUUGCAACUUCGAAAGCCCCUUCUACCAGAAGACGUAACUCAGAAGGGUUCCAGUGGAACUAAUGCAGAGGCACAGAGUCAAAAUGUAGAACAAAAUAACACCAGUGAUGAGAAAUGCCGGUCCGUAGCUAAAAUUAUUUUGAAAGCCACGUCAACGCCUCACCACACUCUUGUUGAUGCUCUCAACUUGAUUUCCGCUGAUGGAGAUGAAGGAAAUUCUUUGAUAGCUGAUCCUGCCCUUGCCAAGCCGCUAUUUUCGAGUGGUGAUGUUGCUCAGGAGCUCGGCAACGUUUCUGUUCCAAUCCUACCCGGACCUCGUUCGAGCAAAACUCGCAGGCAGCUUGAAUCUGUAGAAGCCAGAAUCCGUAUUUUUGGUGAUUGUUCUCGUGUCGAAGUGCCGUCAGGUUACACAGCAGUUGAAACGCAUAGUGGUGUCCGCCUUGUAAGUUUAUUGCUUCGUUUGGAAAGUUUCAAAGCACUGCUCAAAUUUGACUAUCGAAAUGCAUUCUACCUAUUCGUCUUAUUAUUUUUUUUAACUAUUUGUUGUCCCAAGUUUCAGAUGUCUCUUGCACCAGACAUAAAGGAUCUAUUUUUUCUGGAUCGAGUUCCAAGCAUAUACACGAAAGCACUUCUGUUAGCGUACCUACCCAUAGGAUGUGCAGUGUUCUUGAUCCGUUUGUUCAUCGGUGUGCACGCGUUCUUCGUCGCCUGCUUGCUGAGGAAAUCAACGAUUGCUCGAUCUAUAGUGCUUCGGGUCAUGUGCGCUGUGCUUGGUAUUGUGGUUCGAAGCGACGGAAAGAGAUCUUCAAAAGUGAACAUUAUUUGUGCAAACCAUGUGAGCGCCUUGGACCACCUUGCCGUGGAUCUUGUUGAGUCAUGUGUUCUGCCAUCAGUGUGGGACAUUCCGUCAAUAAUCAGAUGGUGUUUUGGUUACGUUGAUCUGGGAGCGCGGAGCGGACGUGAUGAACUUGUGCGGCGCGCCAGAUUACAUGUUGAGAACGAAAAUCUCCCACUGCUAUCUUUCCCCGAAGGUGCUAUAACCAGCGGUCAUAAAGGCCUGCUAAAAUUCAAUUCAUGGCCGUGCGAGGUGUCCGACCAGGUGCAGCCACUGGCCAUGCGUAUCUCACGGCCAUUUUUCAACAUAACUCCAUCCCUCCUUGGGUCGACAUGGUGGGCUGAUGUUGCUUGGUUCGUGUUCCUACCUGUCAGCGUUUAUCAUCUUACUUGGCUCCCUGUUCUACAAAGAAGGGAACAUGAAACAGUAGAAGAGUUUUCUUUACGCGUAGAGACUGCCAUUGCGGAAUACCUCGGACUUGUUGUCACGAACCUAACGCACGUCGAUGCCGUGGAGGCAGCCAAAAGGCAUCUUCAUUCGAGAGCAGCUCCUACUCCAGUGAAGAGAAGAGUUGUCAAUACUAGAGUGCUUGAUGAAAUAGCAAUGCGAAUCAAACAGUCGCAUCCUUCUGCAGAUCUUCUCGACAUUCGAAUGGAUCUUGAACGUACCAGAGAUCAACAGGCGACUGUUGAUCGUAUUCGUUCUGGCGGACUGCGUUCCUCACCGCGACUUUCUGAAAAUGUGUCAUCGGAUGCUUCUCAAUGGAAACGCAUGUACACAGAAAGAAAAUGGACAAUGAUAGAACAUAAUCGUCAGCGAUAUUUACAGAGAUUAAAUAAUUUUAUAGGAGUUGACAGUCAUUGA